AUGGAUGCAAAUCCAAAUUUAAGUCCCGAAUCGGGAGGCUUCAACCCUACCAUGGACAUGCGGCAAUUCACAGCGUUCUUCAAUCAAGUUGCGCAGAUUCAAGGCCACAUCAACAAGCAGUUGAAUCCAAGUCAAGAUCCUGCUAGUCCUUAUUUCAUUCUUCCUUCUGAAAAUUCAGGUAUACCUAUCACUAAUGUCACUCUCAAUGGUGCAAAUUAUGGUGCUUGGAGUAGGGCUAUGGAAAGGGCUCUAAAGUCUAAAAAUAAAAUCAAGUUUAUUGAUGGUAGCAUCAAGAAACCUGAGAGCACAAACUCGAUUUUUGAGACAUGGGAGAGAUGUAAUACAUAUGUAGUGGCUUGGAUAAAUCUCUCACUUAGUCCAGAUAUUUCUCAAAAUGUUCUUUGGACCAACAUAGCAUAUAAAUUGUGGAAUGAUUUAAACCAUAGAUAUUACCAAGGUGAUCGUUUUAGAGUUGCUAAACUAUAUGAGGAAUUGUAUGCCCUUAAACAAGGUGACUUUACUGUUACUGCAUAUUUUGCCAAGCUCAAAACUAUAUGGGAGGAGCUUGAUAAUUUUAGACCGAUUUCAAUGUGUGCAUGUGAGAUGAAGUGUGACUGUGGACUAGGAAUUAUCAGAAUGCAAAGGAAAGAAGAUAGAGUUACAAAGUUUCUUAGGAGACUAGGUGAACAAUACUCCAAUGUCAAGUCACAAAUCAUGUUGGAAGGACUACCAAGUGAUUUUUUCAAGGCAGAGGGAGAGGAAGAGGUAGAAGAGGUAGGUCUCAAGCCGGGAGAGGACAAGGAGGCCGAAGCAAGCUGCAUUGUUCUUUUUGCAACAAAACUGGACACAUAG